UCGACUUUCCGCAACUAGGAUGUGUGCCUCGCGAAAGAAAUUGAGGGGCAAAAUAAUAAGUUAGAUCGAAGUGCGACAUUAUCAGUUGUUAAACCUUUAUAGGCUGGGCCGUGAUGUGUAAAAAUGUGGUCGCACUAAUGUGCUCCACGACAUAUUUAGAAAUGAAUACUAACUCGAUCACGCUAUUCAGCCCCGCCUUGUAAAGAAGCACUCAUCACGAGGCUCCUCAUCUCUUCUAACGGUUCUUUUUCUUCUUUAUCGUCGGUGGCGAUGGCCGUGCGAGACGAUUGGUUGAGGUCGCACCGCGAGCCCCGCGUGCGGAACCUGCUGGCCGUGACCGACACGCUGCGCUCCGGGCGUGGACAGCCCGGCCCCGAGGAGCUGAGCGGCGCGCUGCUGGAGGCCAUGCGGACCAACAACGUGAAGCAGCUGCAGGAGGUACUGUCCAAGGUGAAGGACUACCAACUGCUGGAGGACAGCCUGACCGCAGCGUGGUGCAAGGCCCGGGCGCAGGGGCUGCCCCUGAGCAAGGACAUGGAGCAGUGUGCAGUCUACUACAUGGUGCUCCUGCGCUAUGAACUCUCGCCACGCUCCCGGAGGAAGGACAAGCCGCGGCCGCUCGGGUGGGACGCGCUGUGGGGCCUGGUCGGCCUGGUGGACCAGUUGCGGGCCGACGUGCGGCGACUACUGGACCUCCUCAAGCUGGAGGAGGCGGACGAGGCCGUGACGCUCGCCAUGCGCUCGGCCCUGGCCAUCCGCGCAGUGAAGGGGUUCUUCUACCGCUCUUACGGCGAGGUGCCCUGGGAGGAGAUUGAGUACCUCCUCGCGCUGUUCAUCGAGGCACGCACCGUCUACCGGACCCUUGCCUUCCUCGUGGCCAGCAAGGACAGAAUCACAGCGCACCUGGAGUUCUUCCUGGAGAAGGUAGAGGAGCUGAGGACCAAGCACACCGGCCGAUCUGACACGAACGCCGCUAUGAAGGAGAUGAUGAAAGCGCCCAAAGGGAAGAGGGCCGAGAAAACAACCAGCAAGGCCGUUGGCAAGCAAAUGGCAGACAUCCUCGAGGACUUCGCGUUGCUGCGGGACUGGCAAUCACUCAAGGUGAUCGUAGAGGCUCUCGAGGCUGCCAUCGCCGCCUUGCAACUACCCGGGGAGGACUGGAAAAACUGGGGCUGGUUAGGUUUUCAAAGAGGGCUUUUCCUAGCGGGGGAGAAGAUGAAGAACUCGUGGACGUCACCCAACCUAUCCAGUCGCUACGUGAAGCUAGUCGAGGUGGUGGCUGCGGAAGGCAUCCGCAAGGUGCUGUGUAAUGGGAUUCGUGACGUCCAGGAGCACAGUGCACCGGGAUCUAACGCGGAUGAGCUGACUAUGUCUGUCCUGGACACUGACGAGGAGAGGACGCACUUGAAGGAGGAACUGGGGAGACUGCUGCACUCGAUUAAAACCAUGCUGCAGGAGGCUGAACUAGAAGUGACGCAGAAGAGGAUGGACCCACCAGAAAUAAUACAUAACCGACUAACGGAGAGGGUGGUAGCAUCCAUAGGAAAUGCAGAUAUGACUUCUGACAGAAAUUGGGUGUAUGGAGAAGUGAAAAGACUACUAGAAGAUGUCAACAAAGGGAAAAACAACAGUGAAUUAGAAGCCUUGAUUAGGGAUUUAAAUCAUUCGCUUCACAGAAAACUUGUCACAUUUAAUCGGUUUAGUAAUACCUUAACUCGGUCUAUAAAAGAUCGCAUGUAUAAUGUUGUGACUCGACACUGCCCGCAACACAUACAAAGGAUUCAUCAACUCCUGGAAUGGAGAAGUGCUCAGGGCCUAAGUAUCUUCCAAGACGAUUUGAACAAUAAGUCCAGCAAUGCUGGCGGUGGCUCUUGCGGCUCGUCCAGCCGCGCCUGCUCCGCCUUAGAAGCCAUUCCAAGCGGCCGUGAGGACAACGAAAGUCUUAUUCGUCAUGCAGUGGAAGGCGGGCUGCAGGCGCUGGCCUCCCGCUGGCACAGGGACGACCACGCCCCGCCACUCCUCGACCUGCAUGCGCCCGCCCUGUUCGGCCGGCAGCUGAGGAACCACUUGAACCACAGGGACCUGAUCGUGCGCCUCUGCUCUCCUACGACCAGGGAACUGUCAAGCCUUUGGUCACUUCUUCUUUACAAAGCAAUAGAUGUCGAGCGCGGCGCGGAGCCCAGACUGCGGGACCCGACGGAGUCCGCGGCCGAGAACGCGGAGGUGCUGCGCCUGGCGAGGCUCAAGGACGCCAUGUUCCGCGGCGCGCGAGAAGGAGACCUGGACGAGUUGCAGCGCGCCGCGGGGCUCGGCGUGGACAUCUCCAGGAGGGACUGUCUCGGCGUGGACAUCUCCAGCAGGGACUGUCGCGGCCGCACGCUGCUGCACGCCGCUGCCGAGGCCGGCCAGGCCCGCGUGGUGGACUGGCUGCUGCAGCUGGGCGCCGGCGCCGUGGACCCGCUGGCAACCGACUGGGAGGGACGGAGCGCGCUGCACGGCGCAGCAACGGCGGAGGUGGCGGAGUCGCUGAUCGCUGCAGGCCGGGUGGCGCCAGAUGGUUACGGCUGGACUCCGCUCCACGCCGCGGCGCUCUCUGGCCGCACCGCUGUGGUCCGGGCGCUCCUCCCCCACUACGACCUCCACGCCAAGGACAACGCCGGCGGCACUCCUCUGCACCUCGCUGCAGGCGGCGGCCACGCGGAGGCGGUGCGCCUGCUGCUGCUGGUCGGAGCGCGAUGGGAGGCCGUCCAGCAGAACGAGCAGUGCAGCACGCUCUCCAUCGCGGCGCAGUCCGGCAGCGCUGCUGUGGUGCGGCUGCUCCUGCUCCCGCCGCCGCCGCUCCUUCCGCGGCCCUCAGACUACGACUGCUGGAUCGCUGCUGUUCUGGCCGGACAGUACCGCCACUUGGAGGUGUUCUCCACCCUCAUGGAUGAGCUCCAGCGGCGAAGUGCGCUGCGGGACAGCCCAGAAGCGCGUCUGGCUGUAGGCGCUGUGGCUAUCGGGGGGAGUACAGAGGUAGCUGCCGAGCUGCUAAACCGCUGGCCGGACGCAGUGAGGCUGGGGUUAGACGAGGCAGUGACAGUCCUCUCCGUGGCCGCUGGGUGUGGUCACGCUGACCUGGUGCGCACCCUGCUGAGCCGCGGGGCUGACCCGCUGCAGCGGGGUAAGGACUCUUGCACCGCGCUGCAUCACGCUGCACAGGUUGGGUCCGUGGAAGUGAUCGACGUCCUCUGGGAGCACAAGCAGGCGGAGCAGGAUGCAGCACGAGGAGAAGAGCUGCGGCGCGUGUGGGAGGGGCGGAGAGAGGGGGGCCCACGCCCACCGCUGGGUCUAGCGGCAAGGGGGGGUCAUCUGGCGGCCGUGCGGCGACUAGUGGAGCUGGGCGCGGACAAGGACUCGGGGGUGCGUGACGCCGCUCACUACACGCCUCUCUAUGCGGCUGCACGGCACGGCCGCGAGGAGGUGGUGAGCUGGCUGCUGGGGGCGCGCGCCCGCCUGUACGACCCUGAGGCUGCCCACACACCGCUGCACGUGGCUGCAAUGUUUGGACACCUGGCCGUGGUGAAGCUCCUCGUGCCGAGCAGAGAGCUGACGGAGCAGCAGCAGCGCGAGCGCCUGGGCCUGCUGCAGCACGCCGGGCCAGACCCGGAAACAGCUCUGCACUGUGCUGUGGUGUCGGGCUCGCUCGAGGUGGUGAAGCACCUCCUGGAGCGGGAGGUGACGCUGCUGGACCCGCACUACAACAGGAGGGUUAAGGAGGGGAAGUCCGCGUUGUGGAAGAACCUCACCGUGUACAGGCGAGACUCAAAGAAGCGAACUCCUCUGCAGUGGUGUGUCGUAUGUGACGCCCCGACUACCGUGUUCCGAGAGCUGCUCCAGCGCAUGGAGGACGAGCGGGUGAUGGCGCUGGGCGGCAAGGACGUGCUGGCGGUGCGCGACAUGGUGCAGGAGGCCCUGGACUGGGUGGACCCCGUGCAUCUCGUACAGACCGUGGAGUACGGCCGGCCGCCCCACAGCGAGGGGAUGAGGCGGGAGCUCACCGAGUCCCUCCGGCGGCUGGACACACAGCCAGCGUGAAGUCAGCCCUGGUGAGAGCAAAGAAGUCGGUAGAGGGGAUAGACGCCGCGAUUCUUUGCACUAUUUUACCCUAAAAGGGUGCGCACAGUAAAUGUCUGAACAGUACCUACAAACGCAGCCUGGAUGAUGUACGCCAGAUGCUCUGCGAAAUCAUUCGAUGCACUGUUGUUUAGACAUACAUUUUCAUCCGUCACGGAUGAAAUGAGAUAGACACUAUGCUUUACUUUGGCACUACUAUUUUACUUCAAUAAAUUAUUACAAUUACAA